AUGAGUAAAAAGCCAAACACUAUAACAACGAGGAAAUGCACUGAAGCUCCUAUAGUCGGACAGCCUAUUGACAUUAGUGAUAUUCAUAUUUUACCUACUAAAAGUGACGUGCUAAGGCAUUUUGAAUGGGUGAGAAAUCAGUUGAAAUCUGAAGGAUGCUACCAACCACAGAAAAAGUUCAUUGCAAUACGAGUGACACAUAAGUUAGAGCAAAUUUGGAAAACAUCAUUAAUACCUGUUUCAUCUACUAACAAUAUUGUUUUUAUGAUUCUACAAUUGCAUGAGAGGUGUGAAAAGAUUAAAAAAUCUUCAGGUUGUAAUACAAAAAAUGCCAAGAGUUUUAAAGUUGCAGUUGAAAAGUUUAGAUCUGACAUUGAUAAUAGUCUUUUUGAUAUUUGUUCAUGCAAAUGUAGUGAACUAGACAAAUGUUUGUGCCCAGCUCCAAGAGAAAACAUAGAAGACCAAUUGGGAUGUGACCAAUUUAUCGUCGAAUUCAAAGUUCACAGACUUCUUAAUUUAGAACAUCCUCCUUAUACUUUUGGAGCACUUCGGUAUGAGUUAAAUAGGGCAUGGAACGAGUUACCCCAGGAGGAUAUUGACCACCUAAUCAGAAGCGAGCCCAGGCGCAUCAAAGAGUUUCUUAAUGACGAAAAUAAUGACGUGUGGCGAUUGCAUUGUGUUAGAAAACUUGCCGAGGAAGCACUUAAAUCGGACCUCCUAAGUUCAGUUCCCACAUACAAAGCCAAAUUAAGAGCCUUUCAUCAUGCCUGGAACCCCAAUGAUUGUUCUAGAAAUAUUUAUAUAAAGCCUAAUGGUUUUACUUUACAUCGAAAUCCAGUUGCACAGAGUACAGAUGCUUCUAGGGGUAAAAUAGGCUUUAGACAUGGAAGGCAUGCUUGGGAAGUAAUUUGGGAAGGCCCUCUAGGAACAGUGGCAGUUAUCGGAAUUGCUACCAAAGAUGCUCCUCUUCAAUGCCAUGGUUAUGUUGCUUUAUUAGGUUCUGAUGAUCAAAGUUGGGGGUGGAAUUUAGUGGACAAUCAUUUAUUGCAUAAUGGUGAUGCCCAAGGGAACUAUCCAAUGUUAAACAAUGCUCCAAAAUACCAGGUUGGUGAACGAAUCAGGGUGAUUCUUGAUUGUGAUGACAAUACCCUAUCUUUUGAAAAGAAUUAUGAAUUUUUAGGUGUAGCUUUUAGGGGACUCCCAGAUAAGAAGCUCUACCCAACCGUAUCAGCUGUGUAUGGCAAUACAGAAGUUUCUAUGGUCUAUCUCGGUCCACCACUGGAUGGCUAA